GAAACACUGCAUUGGAUCGGCACAUCGUCAAUUUGGUCAUUAGCACAAUGAAGUAAGCUGAAAAUAUUGGGCUUUAGGUCCGAUCAAGAGAAAAGAAUAUUACAUUAAAUCUCAUCUGAUUCUCCUUCGUCUCAAAGCUGUCCUCCGUUCCGCCUCCUCUGAACCCAGAAAAGCUUUAGCCUUCCGACGACGCCGACGCCGACGCCGACUGCCGUAAUCUAAGGGGUUCAGCAGCUAAUAGGAGCAGAUAUUCAAAUGGAAGCCAAAUUUUUUCGAUUUCUUAAGAUUGUGGGUGUGGGGUACAAGGCCCGAGCGGAAGCCGAAGGACGCAUGUUGUAUCUGAAGUUGGGUUACAGUCAUGAGGUAGAAUUGACCGUUCCUCCUGCGGUUCGUGUUUUCUGCUUCAAGAACAACGUAGUUUGCUGCACCGGAAUUGAUAAAGAUAGGGUGCACCAGUUUGCUGCUGCUGUUCGUAGUUGUAAGCCACCUGAAGUCUACAAGGGCAAGGGUAUAAUGUACGUCGAUGAAGUUAUCAAGAAAAAGCAAGGAAAGAAAUCUAAGUGAUUGGAUGUCUCAAAGCUUAUCUGCGGCUGGAAAUUGUGGAUCCCAUAGAAUUGCUAUUACAGUUCGCGAUAUUACAUUGCUGGCGCUGAAGAGUUACUCUGCUGCCAGGGAGUGGUUGUGAGCCCUAGCGACUGUCAUCCAAGUCACUUGUGACUUGCACUGCUAAGGCUGGAGCCUGAAUACCCUUCAUCUCACCCCUCCCGCCCCACUCCCACUACAUUUUGGUUACAUGGUGGAAAAAGCCGAGCCCUUUCAUUAUUAUAUAUUUAUAUUUUCAUUUUUUCAUUCUUUGCUACUUAAAUUGACUGAUUGUUUUGAUGAUUCUGCGUAUUGUCCUAAUGUCUUGUUUUAUAGGAAAUGGAUUUACGGGA